AUGGAUGGGGAACUAAAUGUAACAUAUAUAACACUUAGUGGUCAUGUUGAAUUACACAAAUACAGGUAUCUUUAUUUUAUAAUUAUGUUUAUUGCAUAUCUUCUAAUAAUCUGCUGUAAUUCUACUAUUGUUUGUCUGAUCUACGUUCAUAAAAACCUCCAUGAACCAAUGUACAUUUUCAUUGCAGCUCUGUUGAUGAACUCAGUUCUUUUUAGUUCUGCUCUUUACCCAAAGCUUUUAAUUGAUUUUUCAUCUGAAAAACAGAUCAUUUCAUAUCCAAGUUGUUUGUUGCAGUAUUUUUUCUUUUACUUUUUAGGAUGUUCUGAGUUUUUACUCUUAGCAGCCAUGGCUUAUGACAGGUAUGUGUCUAUAUGUAAACCUCUGCAGUAUCACACCAUCAUGAGAAAAACUAAUGUCAUUAUCGCUCUGGUUUCAGCCUGGCUCGUGCCAGCUUGUCAUUUUCUAACAGGAGCUACAUUGAUUGCGCACAGAAAAUUUUGUGAUUUUACUCUGAAAGGAAUUCUUUGCAAUAAUUCUAUCUUAAAACUUCAGUGUGUGAGAUCAACAACAAUAAUUAUUUAUGGGUUGUUUGUUUUAUUCAGUGAUGCAAUUUUUCCUGUAUUCUUCAUACUUUUUACAUACACAAAGAUUCUUUCAAUAUGUUACCAAAGUAGCGCUGAUGUGAGGAAAAAAGCUGCAGAGACCUGUUUACCCCACCUGCUGGUUUUAACCAGUUUUUCAUGUUUGAGUCUGUAUGAUGUCAUUGUGGUUCGACUGGAAACAAAUAUUCCAAAAACUCUGAGUUUAAUUAUGACUUUGCAAGUUAUUGUGUAUCAUCCUCUCUUUAAUCCACUGAUAUAUGGACUAAAAAUGAAAGAAAUCUCAAAACAUAUCAAAAGGCUGUUUUGUCAAAGAACUCUAACUAAUGCUUAAUG